UGCAGCGACUCGUCGUUUCGCUGCGACAAAUGCAUCACCGCGCGCCCGCGGCUCGCCGGCGUAUCUCGGAGUGAUCGACCAGUCGUCCAUGUGCGACCGCCAUGAACCAAUGGCAGAACGGGAACGGCACCUUUGCGCCGGCCCAGAUGUACAACAGCCUUCCGAAUCAGUUUGAGCAGUUCCAACAGGGUCUCGCCAACGGCAACAGCUCGACACCAACCCCGGCCUUCCCUAACCAGACCUUCAACCCGACCUCAGUGGUGCCCGCCAAGCGCGCUCAUGAUGGCGGUAUGGCGGGCUCACCACAGCCCUCGCAUAUGUCGCGCUCACAGACACCGGGUUACGGCAACUUCGCGAAUGCGCCGACACCGUUCCAGCAUCUCCAGCAGACCGCUUCAACCAAUGCCACGCCCUCACCCAUCAUGGCUAACCAGCAGUACCGACCGAGUGCGCAGCAGUCGCGCAUGCAGAACGCAUCACCAAGUCCGUUUCCGCAACAGCAGCCGGCCAACUUUGCCAACCAGAUGCAGCCGAGCACGCCGCAGCAAGCCGGCCAGCCUACCAGUAUGCCUCAGCAGGGCCAGGUGGCCGGCUGGAACCAGAGCAUGGGCAUGAACAUGAACAACAUGAACAUGUCUGGCACACCCGCAUCCAUGCCAGGCUCGACGAACAACAUGGUCGCGCAGGUCAACGCGCAACGGCUGUACCAGAUGAAGCUGCAGCAGCAACAAGAAGCAAUGCGUCGUAGCGGCAUGGUACCGCCGCGGCCUAUUGGAGGCCAGCAAAGUCAAGGAGGCAACAUGGCCGGUCAGCAAGCCAGUGGUCAAGUGGCCAAUGGCCAGACACCUAUGGGCAUGAACGCGUCUGCGACUCAGCAGCAACAGCAGACGCAAGCCAAGCGGCAGCAGUUCUACCGUGCAUUGCAAACCAACGCUGCCAAUCAAGGUAGGCAAAUACAGAUACAACCUGUCGUGGCUGGUCGACCCAUCGACUUGUACAUGCUAUGGUAUGUAGUCGUCCAGGGCGGUGGCUCUCAUAACGUGGAGCGACACGGCCGGUGGCCAGACGUAGCAACCAAGUUCGGUCUUCCUAAUUCCGUUGAAGAACUCAAGCAAAUCUACCAUAGGGACAUUGGACAGUACGAGCGCGCAUAUUUCAAUAUGCGCGCACAGGCCAAGCAGGAGCAAGCAAGAAACUACGCUCACCAAAUGGCUGGCCUUGGCGCUCCGACGCAGUCUUCGCCAACGAGGAUGAUGCAGCCUCCGCCUCAGCAACCGAACACAUUCACUCCAUUCCAGCAAAGUCAGCAAUCACAGCCGCCACCUCAAGCUACUCCGGUACAGGCACAUGCUCAGCUACCACAGAACGGAAUGGCUACGCCUCAGCAAAUCAUGCAUCAUCGCCGGAAUAGCAGCGUCAAGAAGCCUGAGCAGCUGACGCCGCAACCCGGCUUGCAGACCAUGCCCGCCCCAUCGCCAGCUUCCCUCCAAAAGGUACAGCGUUCACCAUCAGUCAAGCAGGAAACCGUUGGCGCUGUAAUGAAAAGCGAGGAGCCUCAGAGCACCAAUUACGUGCCAAAUGUUCGGAGCAUUGAAACGGAUGGAGGCUAUGACGUUGCUGCGCUGCAUGAAUUGGGCACCGCCAUUCAACGAUACAUGCCGACCAUGCCUACUGUAGACGAGAUGGGUGUGAUCGACAUGCGCGCCAUCAUGCUCAGUCUGGCCUCAGGUCUUCACGCCGAGGUACGAUACGCACUCGACGCGCUGGUGCUCAUUUCGAGAGAUGAUCGGAUCCACUUCGAGUUAGAGAAGUGUGAAGACUUGCUCGAUGUGAUUGUUGAUUGCGCCGAAGAGCAGAUCGAUCAAUUGUCGGAGGAAGCGCCUGAAGUCUCUGACGCGCUUGAUCUGCCGUCAUAUGAAGAUAUCCUGCGUGGAAGCCGAAUUGAGACAGAGUCACUGCAAGACGUCCCAGCUUUUGGCACGCCGGGAUAUCAGCUCAACCGCGCAGCUGAUCGCUUGAUUGCCAUCACGACCAUAGUCCGAAACUUCUCAUUUUUCGAGCACAACCAUCACCUCCUGACGUCGGCGUCGCUGAUCAGAUGGCUGAGCAACACUAUCCGACUGGUCGGCACGCGGAACAUGCUUCUGCGCAGUUUCUGCAACACGCUGGACUUCUACAAAGACGUCAUCACCUUCCUUUCGAACAUCACGCAGAGUCUGGAGCUUCCCACCAGAGAUGACGCGCUCCACAUUCUCCACUUCUUACUCGCUUUUGCGCCGCAACCAAGCCCAACCUAUCAAGAAGGUGGCGGCACUCUACGGUUCACGAGCUUUGUGCCGUCAAUUCACCGCUCGCUGCCAGCAGCAGUCGACUGUCUCGCCAAGCUGCUGGCACGCCAAGACCCUAACAGGAUGUUGUAUCGAAGCAUCUUCACCGCUUCUGGCUCCUCGUCCGCUGCUUCCGAGUCACCGCUCGAUCUUCUUACCAAAGCUUUUGCCCUCGCCAUCUCCGUCUUACCCGAUCGCUCGAAAGGCGCAUCCAGUAACGCUGUGCAGCUUCGCGUCGUUGAGGUCCGCAAAUCGUACCUAUGCCAAGGCAUGCUUGCGGCGGACAUUCUCACAUCGCUUGCGCCUGGCAACGAUACGGAGCUUGCUCGCUCCUGGAUUGAGAGCGAGGAUGGCUGGGCUGUCAACUUGCUGCAUCUGGCCUCACUUCUCUCCGUUGACCGCUUAGGCCAAGCCGCUGGCCAAAAGGGACGUGAAGCUCUUGGGCAUGAUACGGAGGCCUUCAAGCUCAUAACGCAUCGGGCUCUGAGCAUGAUGAAGAGAUUGGCGGAGAAGUCUGGGAGAGGAGGUGCACACGGACGGGCCCUACCAAGUGCUACAGUCAAUGGCGACGGCCAGCCAGAGGCACGAAGUGAAUAUGAUGAGACUCAACAGUCCGUGCCGAGAUGGGACGGUAUGCCGCAAGGUCAUGCGAUUCUCGGUGCGCUGUUACUGGGUAAUACCGACAGUGUAGCGCUGAGUUUACUCUGCGGUUUGCAUGAUAUGGUCAUGCAGGCAUGAGCUGGCU